CUCACUCUUCUCUCUUUUAUCAUCUCCUUUCUUCCCCCAAACCCACCCACUCUCUUCCCGAAAACAGAGAAACAGUCCAUCUUUGUCAGGGCUUUGAGCCAUGGAUUAUCACAUCUAUGGCUUCCCCAAGCUCAAGAUGAUCAACAUCCUCUUCCUCGCCUCUUUCUUCCUCCUCUCUACCCAUGCCCAUUCUUCUGCAUUGCCCAGGAAGCCCUCUUCUUCCUCCAACUCUCCUCAAAUCAACUCCAACUCUGUCCUCGUUGCUCUUCUUGACUCCCAUUAUACCGAGCUCGCGGAGCUUGUUGAGAAAGCCCUCCUCUUGCCCACCCUUGAGGACGCUGUCGGCAAACACAAUAUCACCAUCUUCGCCCCAAGAAACGAGGCUUUGGAGCGUGACCUUGACCCUGAGUUCAAGCGCUUUCUUCUCGAGCCCGGAAAUCUCAAGUCUCUCCAGACUCUUCUCUUGUUUCAUAUCAUUCCUAACCGUAUUGGUUCCGGUGAGUGGCCGGAGGGGCUUUCCGGAGACCCCACGCAUAGCACCUUGUCCAAUGAUCGGCCGUUUGAGAGUAAGGGCUCUGGUGUGAGGAGUGUGGAUCUGGCGGCGGUGGUCCAACCCGACGCCGUUCUUCGGCCCGACGGGGUUAUUCACGGGAUCGAGAGGCUGUUGAUUCCCCGGUCCGUCGAGGAGGACUUUAACCGCAGGAGGAGUCUCCGGUCCAUUUCUGCCGUUCUGCCAGAGGGGGCGCCGGAGGUUGAUCCUAGGACGCACCGCCUGAAAAAGCCAGUGUCGGUCCCUGCCGGAGCCCCUCCGGUGCUGCCGAUCUACGACGCCAUGGCCCCUGGACCCUCCCUAGCUCCAGCGCCGGCGCCUGGGCCCGGCGGUCCCCGCGGCCACUUCGACGGCGAGAGCCAGGUCAAGGACUUCAUCCAAACUCUACUACAUUACGGCGGGUACAACGAAAUGGCGGACAUUCUCGUCAACCUCACCUCCCUCGCCACCGAAAUGGGCCGAUUAGUCUCUGAAGGCUAUGUUUUGACAGUCUUGGCACCCAACGACGAGGCCAUGGCGAAGCUCACCACAGACCAACUGAGCGAGCCGGGAGCGCCGGAGCAGAUUAUGUACUAUCAUCUGGUGCCGGAGUACCAGACGGAGGAGAGUAUGUACAAUGCCGUGAGACGCUUCGGGAAAGUCCGAUACGAUACGCUGCGUUUACCGCACAAAGUUGUGGCUCAGGAGGCCGAUGGAUCGGUCAAAUUCGGAGAAGGCGACGGCUCAGCAUAUCUUUUUGACCCCGACAUUUACACCGACGGCCGGAUUUCAGUUCAGGGUAUAGACGGCGUGUUAUUCCCGGCGGAGGAGAAGGAGACCAAACUCGAAGCCAAAACGAGUCGGGUCACCAAGCUUGUUGCCAAGCCCAGGAGAGGGAAAUUGAUGGAAGUCGCAUGUAGGAUGCUAGGGGCGUUUGGUCAAGAUUCUCGUUUCACUACCUGUCAAUAAAAACACUCUCCUCCCCAAUAUCACAAAACAAAAUAUGAAACAUGUAAAGAUGAAGAAAGGUUGUACGUAGAUGCUGAAGGGGAUGUGUGCUGGAUUUGCUUGGAAACCCUGAGAAGAGAAAGUUCAUUACUGUUAUUUUGUUAUGAAUACUGUAAUUAUCAAUAUCCAUUUAUAUUUUUUUUUCCCAACUGAGUUUGUGUUUGUGUUUGAUUCAUCACCACUGGAACACCAUUGUCUUCCACCGAACUCACUGUCAUUUUUUUGGCUGAUGGGAUCCAUUGCUUGUGAGUCAAAUAUAAACCUCCUCUGUUUGAUAUUUUUGUUUUAGCUAUUGAUUAAAUAAGAAUGGGUUUUGUAUGUGUGCA